AUGACCGAUUCCGAAGAGGACGAACGCUCAGUCGAGCUGUCAUCCAUCGUCGCCAUCUUCCCGGAGAUUCACAUCGACCCCGUUUCGCCGUUCAAAGCCUCUUUGGAUCUACCCGUGACCUUACCAUCGCCGACCCGUUUCUGCUUUGAACAACCGCCUGACCACGGUAUGCCCGCCGCGCUGACACCUCCAACCUCCGUCGAUGGCACCAAAGCUGAGCUCGGCCCGGUCGCAGCCCGCGAUGUUCAUAUCUUAUUACACCUACCUCCUCUCAGUCUUGAGAUUCACCUACCGGAAGGCUACCCCGCCGAAAAGUGCCCCGUUGUCCGGCUCAACACUCACCCGCCAUGGCUCCCAGCGCGUAGGCUUGAGAGAUUGACCAUCGAUUGCGAAAGGUUAUGGGAAGAGUGUGGUCGGGAUAUGGUGGUCUUCACUUACAUCGACCACCUACAACAAUUGGCCGAAUCAGCCUUCGGAAUUCAAGACACACCCGAUGGCGAACUUUGUCUCUCGCAGGACCUGAAGAUUGCCCUACUAGAGUUCAACAAUAAGACCGAACGCGAGAAGUUCGAAAAAGAAACCUUUGAAUGUGGCGUGUGUCUGGAGCCUAAAAAAGGUGCCAAUUGUUACCGACUACAGCGAUGCUCCCACGUCUUUUGUGUUGCUUGCUUGCAGGACUUCUACAACACAUGCAUCAGCGAGGGCGAUGUGGAUAAUGUGAAAUGUCUGGCACCGGACUGCGACACGGCCCAUGGCACGGAUCCGGUGGCAGGCGACGAUACGCCGCGUCGUAAGAAGCGUCGAACUCUCACGCCCAGCGAACUUCUUCAGAUCCCACUCGCCACGGACACGGUGAAACGUUAUGUCUUCCUCCGACGCAAGAAGCAGAUCGAGGCGGAUAAGACUACAGUUUACUGCCCGCGACAGUGGUGCCAAGGUGCUGCUCGAUCGAAGCGACACCCCAAACCAGUUGACCCGAUGGCUGACGACGAGGCAUCUGAUGACGACGAGGGUCCUGCCGCUGGUGCGAAUGAAGAUGCUGCACCAAUUCCAACAAUCGAGGAGCGACUUGCAAUCUGCGAAGAUUGCAACUAUGCAUUCUGCAACAUUUGUCGAAAGGGCUGGCAUGGCGAGAUUGUGCGCUGCGUCCCACCACGUCGCCAAGAAGAGUUGACAGAAGAGGAGAAGGCAACAGAAAAAUAUCUUUCUCUCUACACAACACCUUGUCCAGAAUGCAACGUGCCAUGCCAAAAACGCAUGGGCUGCAACCACAUGCGCUGCUUUCAAUGCGAAACACACUUCUGUUAUCUUUGCUCCGCCUGGCUGGAUCCCUCGAAUCCAUACCUGCAUUACAACCAAGGCGAAAGCAGCUGUUUCAACCGUCUCUGGGAACUUGAAGGCGGCGACGGCACCAAUCCUGAAGGCGCUGAAGCACUACAUCGCAUCCCAGACGAACUCCUGAUUUUUGAAGGCGACCAUGACGACGCUGGCAGCGAGAGUGAUGCCGACGUCGAUGUCGAUGUCGAUUUCGAUGAGGAUGAGGAUGACGGCCUCAACGGUUGGGAUUUCAGCGAUGAUGAAAAUGACCAUAUCUACCUCCCUCCCCCUCCAGCUCCUGUUCCACCUCGUCCGAACCGCGGCGCUGCUAGAGCCGCCGGUGCAAACGAAGGUCGAAACGUUGACCGUGCCGCGCGCGCCGCAGCAUUGGAACGACAAGCACAAGCACACGCUAUCGCCGAGAUCCGACGCCGUGAAGCCGCUGAGCGUCCCGUCCGACCACUCGGACCAGGUCGGGAAGCGGUAGACUUCCGCGCUGGCUUACAGCGUUUCCUAGAGCUUGUGCAAAACGACCGUGAAGAUGAGUGGGACAGUGAUGAGCUCGACGAUGAUGAUUUCUAA